UAUUAAAAUUUGCAUGCUAUGCUCCUACUAGAAGACUCGUAGAUCUUGUUGUAAGAAAGAAGACAUUCUAAACCAUGUGAAGUUCACGACAGGUUUGUCCAUGGUGCUUAGGGCUUAUAACCAGGGCCAUGCAGCAUUUGAGGGAUAUUAGAGAUUUUGACAUUUCAGAUUUGACCAAGAAGGAUACAUAUUACGAAAGCAACGCAAGGCCACUUAAUAAAGAAAAUGCUGCUAUGUCCCAAAGAAGAUGCACUUCUUAAACUAUUCUACAAUGUCUCAAGCCCUCUUCACCUUCUCUUUCUCCUUCUCUUCUCCUCUGCCGUUUUCCUUCUCACCUUCUUCACCUUCUCAGGCAGAUACCCCUUCAUCCAAAGGUCUUCUCCAUUUCUCUAUCUCUUCAUUACACGUUUUCUUCUGCCUCCACACUCUCACUUGUACCUUUUUUCUUUGUGUGUAGCAGGGAUCAAGAAUAUGAAUAAGUGUACACCGAGGAUGAAGAAGAAGAAGAUACUCAAGAAGGGUAUUCUUGUGUUGAUUCUACCGAGGGAGAAAACAUCACUUGUGGGAAAGGAGUUCCUGUGUUUGUGCACAAUGAGAGGCAUCAAAGGACUCAUUCUUAUUCGGAAGAAUUCGUAAGCCCCAGAGAGAGCUUGAAUGAAGAGUCAGAAGAAAAACAUUAUUCUGAAACGUUGUCUCUCCAUAAGUCUCCGCAAGUUUCUGACUUCGACAAUGAAGAGGCAGAAACGGUCGAAGAAGACUUUACAGCAAGAGAUUCUGAUUCUGUUCCAAAAUCUACCAAAGUUACCAAAGUUGAAAGCAGGAACACCUCCCCCUUCAACCUCAACGCGUACAAAGGAAAAAAACACCAUGACGACGAUCACGUUAGCGUUGAAAUUAUCAGAAACAAGAAGGUGCAAGAGCCAAACGCUGCAAGGGAUGAGAGAUUCUUUGUUUUUGCUUCUACCCAGUUGCAGAGUAAGAAGUUGAUGGUUGAAGAGAAGGAUGAUGAGUCCUCUAAAUGGAAGAGCUCCAUCAAUUGCAGGGAUUCCGAGACUGAGGAGGAUGCAUUUUCUUCUUCAUCCAGAAGAAGUUGCCCCAAGUGGGAAUCAUACACAUUGUUCCAAAAAUAUGAUGAAGAAAUGGCAAUCCUAGACAGAAUUAGUGCACAGAAACUUCAUGAAACAGAGUCAUUAAGGUCCAUCCAAAUGUCUCCAAGAUCAAUGUCAGAGCGUAUUGUGUACAAGUUUCAGACUAUAAAUAAAAAAUCUGUUGAUGUUGGUCACAACCCAUAUCGUGAACUAGAGGCUGCAUACGUAGCACAAAUUUGCUUGACAUGGGAAGCCCUUAGUUGGAACUACAAAAAUUUUCGUUCCAAACAUGCCUCACGCCAGGACAAUGACACGGGUUGUUCUGCCACAGUUGCUCAACAAUUCCAGCAGUUUAAGGUUUUGUUACAGAGAUACAUUGAGAAUGAGCCUUAUGAGCACGGUAGGAGACCUGAAAUCUAUGCUAGAAUGAGACUUCUGGCACCCAAAUUGCUCCUAGUGCCAGAAUAUCAAGGUAUGAAUAUUAGUUUUCAUUCCUCAAAUAGUAGCACAUCUCAUGUCACAAG